GCGCGGUGCCCGCCCUCAGCAGUCCGAGCGGCUUCUCCUGAGGCGGCGGCUGAGGUAGCGACUGGGGUCGUGGUCGCGGUCCCCGCAGCGGCCGUCCGUCCGCCCGCUCCGGCGCGGCCGUCCAGCCCCUCGGGCCGGCGGGCGAUGGUGCGGCGGAGCGCGCGGACGCGGGCGACGCGGCGGCGGGCAUGAAGGAGGAUGGAAGGGCAGGACGAGGUGUCGGCGCGGGAGCAGCACUUCCACAGCCAAGUGCGGGAGUCCACGAUCUGUUUCCUUCUGUUUGCCAUUCUCUACGUCGUUUCCUACUUUAUCAUCACAAGAUACAAGAGAAAGUCAGACGAACAAGAAGAUGAAGAUGCCAUAGUCAACAGGAUUUCGUUGUUCUUGAGCACCUUCACGCUGGCGGUUUCAGCCGGGGCUGUUUUGCUUUUGCCCUUUUCAAUAAUCAGCAAUGAGAUCCUGCUCUCCUUUCCGCAGAACUACUACAUCCAGUGGCUGAAUGGCUCCCUGAUCCAUGGUUUGUGGAACCUUGCCUCUCUCUUUUCCAAUCUUUGUUUAUUUGUAUUGAUGCCCUUUGCCUUUUUCUUUCUGGAAUCAGAAGGUUUUGCCGGCCUGAAAAAGGGACUCCGAGCCCGAAUCUUAGAAACCCUGGUCAUGCUCGUUCUCCUGGCCUUGCUCAUUCUCGGGAUGGUGUGGGUGGCCUCGGCACUCAUUGACAACGACGCGGCGAGUAUGGAAUCUCUGUAUGAUCUCUGGGAAUUCUACCUACCUUAUUUAUACUCCUGUAUAUCAUUGAUGGGAUGUUUGUUACUUCUCUUGUGCACCCCGGUCGGCCUCUCCCGCAUGUUUACGGUCAUGGGGCAGCUGUUGGUGAAGCCAGCGAUCCUGGAAGACCUGGAUGAACAAAUUUACAUUAUCACCCUAGAGGAAGAAGCUCUCCAGAGACGACUAAAUGGACUGUCUUCAUCAGUGGAAUACAAUGUAAUGGAGUUGGAACAAGAACUUGAAAAUGUGAAGACUCUUAAGACAAAAUUAGAGAGGCGCAAAAAGGCUUCAGCAUGGGAAAGAAAUUUGGUGUAUCCUGCUGUUAUGGUUCUCCUUCUUAUUGAAACAUCCAUUUCCGUCCUCUUGGUGGCUUGUAACAUCCUCUGCCUGUUGGUGGAUGAAACAGCGAUGCCAAAGGGAACAAGGGGACCUGGAAUAGGAAAUGCUUCUCUUUCUGCUUUUGGUUUUGUGGGAGCUGCACUUGAAAUCAUUUUGAUUUUCUAUCUUAUGGUGUCCUCUGUUGUCGGUUUCUAUAGCCUCCGAUUUUUUGGAGACUUUAUUCCCAAGAAGGAUGACACAACUAUGACAAAGAUCAUUGGCAACUGUGUGUCGAUCUUGGUCUUGAGCUCUGCACUGCCUGUGAUGUCAAGAACACUGGGAAUCACUAGAUUUGAUCUACUUGGAGACUUUGGAAGGUUUAAUUGGCUGGGAAAUUUCUAUAUUGUGUUGUCCUACAAUUUGCUUUUUGCUGUUGUGACAACCUUGUGUCUGGUCAGAAAAUUCACCUCUGCAGUGCGAGAAGAACUUUUCAAGGCCCUAGGGCUUCAUAAACUCCACUUAUCAAAUACUUCGAGGGACUCGGAAACAGCAAAGGCUUCGGCCAACGGGCAUCAGAAAGCACUGUGAGACGCACGGCCCUGCUCUGCAGUCAAGAGCCCGAGACCCCCGAACUCGUGACGUUGCCUCGGGCAGAGACGGCCCGCUGCCUCUGGCCCCCUCGGGGGCCGGGCUGCCACCGUCCUCUCUUCCGCGGUCUCCGAGCCUGGCCCUCGCAGGCCGUCCUUUUCUUUGCCUUCGGGACCCUGUGCCUCCCGCCCAGCGGGGCUUCCUCGGCAGCGUGUUCUUCUGGGGACACAGUGCUAUUUCUUGGCUGCUCCAAUCACCCACGCGAGAAUGUUCGAAAAGGCAAACUUGGCGGCUUUCUAAGGAUUCACUUCAGUGUCAUUCUAGAUUUCAUCACAGUGUGUGCACCUCACCAACGUCUUUGGUGCUUCGGUGUGGCCGGAAGUCCUGCGAGCAGUGCAGGUUUACUGACAUCACUGCCGUGGGUGCCUUGGAGCUGCAAUGGUUGCAGUUGUAUUUCUUCCCCUCCUUAAAGAGGCGAAGGGCACCGUUGUGAUCUGUGUUACAGGAAGACACUGCCUAGACUUUGAGUCCAGGGGAGGGUGGAGAAUCCUCCUUGGUCACACAUGCCCCGGGAAUACCGUCUGCUGCCCAGUGGCAUAAGCUAUGGUGGGAAGGAUUGUGUACUCAUAGUUCGCUGAGAGUUGCUGUGUAUCUAAUUCACUGUUACCUCUCAUGGCAUAGUUGCCAGUGCUGAAGACGCUUGUAACUUAGAUUUUGCCUUAUGGGCUGUAUGUACCCUCAGUUUUUUUAAACAAUUUUUUUGUUUGUUUCCAAAAAUCCCUUAAUACCCCUGCGCUCCUGUGUCCAUUAUGGAGCUAUAAAUGCUCCGGUAGGGACUCCUUUUGUCACCACCCUCCUCAGGCUUCGGUCACUUCUGUACAUGCCAAUGGAAAACCUCAGACUUCGGAAAAGUACCACGCAGCACCCAGACCCACAGCAGCAGCAUUCAUGAUGUAGGAACCGGCCUGCAGUGUAUCAUGGUCUGACGGGCGUUCAGUUAUUAAAUUGUAAAUAAUUCCUGAGAUGGGGUCUCGACUCUACGUCCACCGAAUAAAACUAAAGCCUCGUACUCUGUGUGACGGUCCACUCGGACAGGGGACCAGGAACCGUGCAUGCGACACCGGAGGCGGGGCCGUUUGCACACAAUGCCUAGCCGCGAGCCUCCACAAAUACGUGUGUUCAUCAGCACUCGUGUGUGUGGCAGUAGAUUGUCUGUGUCCAAAGGCGAAGGGACAUUUUUCUUAAACUGUUGUUAAAGGGUUUUGUUGGAGAAAUUUCUGAAAAACAGGCUGUGUAUAUUGGACAUUAAAAAUUUCCACUUAGAGCCAAAAUACUAAGAUAAAAAGUCAUCUAAAGUUC